AUGGCCCCCGCACCGUCUAGCUCUACCCUACAAGUCUCCAACUUUUCACCCGCGGAAUUAUCCUACCUUCACACAUCCCUCUCAUACCCCCGAAACCCUAUUCGACCCGAUGGCCGCUCUGCAACACAAUUCCGGCCGUUAGCCGCGGAAACAAAUAUUGUACCAAACGCCUAUGGUAGCGCGCGCAUAGGAUUUGCCGAUGGAACGCAAGCGAUUGUUGGAGUAAAGGCAGAGGUGGAGAAGACUGUGUUUGUGAGCACGCUGGAACAGAAUGCUACGCAGGAACGUGAAGCGGAAGAGGAAGAGGAAGAGUCAAAUAGGACAAAGAUAAAGGUGUCAGGCUCGGGGUCGUGGGUUGAGAUGUCCAUUGAGAUUCCAGGCUUGCGGGACGACGAUCCUCUACCCGUCUUUUUGGCAGAGAUGAUGAGGGAAGGGCUCAUACAGUCCGGCUCAGGGUCAGGCGGUUUGAAAGAGAGGCUGGUUAUUAACCAGGGCUGGCACUGGAGGGUUUAUGUUGACGUACUACUUCUUUCUCCACCACUAUCAUACCCUCUCCCACUGCUAUCUCUAACGACACAUCUCGCACUACUAUCUACCAAACUCCCGCGCCUCAUAUCGAAAGAUGAAGAAGACCCAAUGUUCGACGAUGACUGGGAUGCAGCCGAAUAUCUAUACCCCCGCAAGACAUCAAAGAAUUCCCCAGCACAACACAUCUUCCGCCCUCCAAUAUCGCUUCUUGUCAUCUCCGUGGGGCAAAAUAUUAUCUUUGAUCCGAGUAGGGAGGAGAUUGCAGUAGCCGACUCCGUGUUCUGUGUCUCAGUUGCUCGUGACGAGAGUAAGCAGACGUCUGAACCGUGUGGACUGAAGCUAUUGGCGAUUCGAAACAUUGAUCCACCCGCACGUAUGACACACCCUGGAGUACCGGAUGCAAUCAAUGCAGCCACCAUGGGUCUUACUAGCAUUGACAGCAGCAACAUGACUACCGGCGAUGGGGAGGGAGCUGGAGUCUGGACUCCUCGCCGUGGCGGGCUGAAGAGGGAUGUUGUUUCGAGGAUUGUGAAGACGGUUCUCCAGCCUGGUGGUGUGGGUGACGAGGUCAUGGAGGGGCUGGAGACGGUCGAAGUGGAUUAA